CAAUGAUAAAAAUUGAACUUCUGUUCUGCUGCGAGAAUGAGGAGAGGAGCCUACACACAGCUCGGCUUUUCCGCAUAGGGCAUUCGGCGGAGCAUGCGCCAAAUACAAACGGCCCGAUGCCGGCGUCGAUUGCUCACGUUUCCUGUGAAGCCCCCGCCAUCGCGCUACAGGCCACUUUCAGGCCAGCAUCCUCUUCGGCGCCCCUUUGGACCGCGAGACUCGGCACGGGAUGCUCUACAACAAUUGCAACCUCCUACCGUCAUCGCUGGCAGAGAAAAGUCCGCGCUAGAAGCCCGCAGAGAUUCCCUCUCGCUUGACAUGCCCUCUAUUUGCUUGGGAGCCUGUGCAGUCCAACAGGGAGCCAAAGCAGGAAACGUGAGUACAAACACGAAAAAUGCGCACACCUCAACAGAUUCAUUAUUGGUGGUGACUACACUGCAAAACAUUUACUAUUCCUUACUUACAUGAAGCGAACACGAUGGCCCACGAGUCUACUGAGCGCACUUUGAGAAUUCUGGGAGAUCCAUUGGGCAUAUAAAUGAGCACUUUUCCCCUCAUCAAAUGUGUUUUAGGCGUACUCCUCCAUGGAGGUCAGGAGGCAGGCAGGCAGCUUACUUCUACUCGAAUUUCAAUACUAUUCUAAAUGACUUAGCGCUUUGAAUUUAUUACUGAU